AUGAGGGCUCGUUCACUCACCACUUCAUCAGCAACGUCUUGCAGCAGCCGGCGCUCGCUCCGCUCGAUCGACGAGCUCGACGCGGAAGCAGAACGUAUCGCCGCGGAGGAACUUGCAGAAGUAGAACGAAAGCUGAUCCGCAAGAAGCUAGAACUCCAGAAGAAGUUGAACAGAAACCGGUCAAGCGGCAGCAGUAAUGCCAGCGUCCGAUCAAGUUCGUCCCGUCGAUCACGGGAGACCGGCAACGGAUCCGAGCUGACAUGCGCGGAUCGCAUUAGCCUAGCUGAGCGCGCACAGCGCGCCGAGCGCGCGGAGAGAAACAUGGGAGCAGCGCUUGAGGAAGCCAAUGGUCAAAUCCAGGAUCUCUUACUGGACCACCAAGUCCAAGGUGAGCGGGCUUCAGGGAACGAGCCCAAUGGCACACGUCCUACCCCUGCAAGUGCAAGGCAGUCACACCCCAUGAAUCUCACCACCCACCAUUUCAUGGCAAGGCAGUCCACUGCCAAGGACUUGCCUCAGUUGUCUGGACAUGCUGACGAGUGGCCAGCAUUCAUCUUCGCCCUGGAGCACACGACCAGAGAGUGCGGCUUCUUGAACGGGGAGAAUCUUGGACGACUGCAAAAAGCGCUGCGCGGAAAGGCCAAAGAAGCCGUACAGGGGAUGAUGACUCUCCCCGACAAUGUAGGGGAGGUCAUCUCCAUCUUGAGGAUGAGGUUCGGCCGCCCGGACCAGAUUGUCCAGAAUCUCAUUCUGAAGACGAAAUCACAGAGAGGCGUGAAGUCGGAGGAGGCCAUCGAGGUACUGAUUGAAAUCAGCGCCCUGUGCCGCAACCUUGUUGCCACCAUGCGAAGCACAAAGUGCACCGGCCAUCUCUACAACCCUCAAUUGGUCAAGGAGCUAAUUGGUAAGCUGUCUGGGGGGCUUUGGAUCCAGUGGGGAGAGUACGUACUUAAAACCGGCACAGACCCGCACCUGGACACCUUCUCUGCCUGGCUUGAACAGAGGGCCAAGGCUGCAUGCCUAGUCGCUCAGCCGAUCCCAUGUGACGCCACUCAUGCCACUCCACGCACAGGCCAAACGUUCACAGUGGUGGAGGCCACCGCUGGUAAGCCACAUUGCCUAUUCUGCAGCAAAGCUGGGCACACCACAAGUAGCUGCCAUCAGCUAGCCGCAGAACCACUUAACGCCCGUCGGCAGUUCGUUAGUGACAGACGGCUGUGCUUCCGCUGCCUUGGCGAAGGCCACCUGGCGAGGGUAUGCGAGGAGAAGGCCUGCUCGUGUGGCAAACCCCACCAUCCUCUACUACACCGCGAUGGCCGCGGAAGUGUAGCACCGCUAGAACGCAUGUCAGAGACGACACACACCUCGGCAACCCACGUGUCGGAACACAGUGGAAGGGUGCUGCUGAGGGUGAUUCCGGUCACGGUACGAAACGGAGACACAGCGGCUGAUACGUACGCACUCCUGGACGAAGGCUUAACAGUGUCCUUGAUUGAAAGCGAACUGGCGGAGGAACUUGGACUUGCAGGACCAACGCAGCCCCUGAGGCUGUCAUGGACGGAUGGCAAGCAGCACCAGGAGUCCAGCUCCAAGGUAGUAACAUUCAGCGUAGCUGGCAGGCAGAGACAGGACAGCUUCACCUUAACAAACAUCCACACUCAUGCCAAGUUCAACCUGCCAACACAAUCAAUCAACCCUCAACGGCUGAACAAUUGCCCCCACUUGGAGGGACUUGAUCUACCAACGUUGUCCUGCGCCAAAGCCAGACUCCUAAUCGGACAAGACAAUUACAGCUUGAUCGCACCACGGGUGAUCGCGGAGGGCCCACCAAACACACCCGUAGCUACACAGACCAAGCUAGGGUGGGUUGUUCAUGGCGGAAUGAGUGCCGACCGCCACAAAAUCGACGAAGGCGUGGUUCUGUCCACCUGGGAUUUCGAAAGCACCCCAACAACAGAAGAAGCCGUAGCACUAACCCGUGAGGAGAUGGACGUCCACGAGGGGGGAGGGUCUGUGAUCCGUAACUGGGUGAGCAACUCUACGACGGUCCUCGAGAGCCUUCCAUCAGAUCCGAGGUCACCAAGAAUCGUGAACGUCCACAGCCAUGACCUCCCCACCGAGAAAACCCCGGGCCUACGAUGGGACCCUGCGAAGGACACGCUUGGCUCCUGCGACAAGAAACUUGAUCCAAAUGCACAAGUAACCAAGCGAAGCGUUCUGCGACACACAAUGUCGGCCUUUGACCCACUCGGCCUGGUGUCCCGCCACUCCAGCAUCGCACGCGUGCUUCUCCAAGACGUGUGGAGAGCUGGCAUAGGCUGGGACGAUGAACUCUCUGCAUCUCUUGCACCGCGAUGGACAUAUUGGGCUGCAGAGCUAGACCAGGUGGCCACCGUAGAAGUGCCACGGUGCUACACACCGUUGAUUACAGCCGCUACCGACAUCCAGCUGCAUGUGUUUGCCGACGCAAGCGAGAAAGCAUAUGGCGCCGCUGCGUACUUGAGAGUAGCGAACCACGACACUCAGCUGGCAGUGUCCCUAGUCGCUGCGAAGGUACGCGUCGCUCCACUGAAACCGGCCUCAAUAUACGGUCUAGAACUCCAGGCCGCGGUCCUCGCCUCGCAGCUAUGCUGUACAGUCCGGGAGCAGCAGCGUAUCUCAAUUCCACGGGUCGUAUUAUGGACGGACUCCAGAACGGUGCUGCUGUGGAUACGCUCGGAUGCACGGCAGCGCAAGCCACCGGCGGCACCCCACAUGGCCGAAGCCCGGGAGCAGCUCGUUGGUUCCAUCAAGACCACCCUGGAGGACAUGUCUCUAUUACCGCCAUGGCUGGCUAUCGCCCACAUCACCAUUUCAUUGGCUAGUGCCACGUGA